CAAUAAAAAUAAUGAACAACAAGAGAUUAAAGUCGAAAGCAAUAAAAAUAAUGAACAACAAGAGAUUAAAGUCGAAAGCAAUAAAAAUAAUGAACAACAAGAAAUUAAAGUCGAAAGCAAUAAAAAUAAUGAACAACAAGAAAUUAAAGUCGAAAGCAAUAAAAAUAAUGAACAACAAGAAAUUAAAGUCGAAAGCAAUAAAAAUAAUGAGCAAGAAAUUAAAGUCGAAAGUAAUAAAAAUAAUGAACAAGAAAUUGAGGUCGAAAGCAAUAAAAAUAAUGAACAUGAGUGUGGACGCAAAAAAGUUGGUGAAGAAUGGUGCGAAAAAUGCGACCGAGAGCUCUUUCAAUCAAAUUUUUCGAGUUGGACAAGUGGCAAUGAGCACAUUGACGCAUUUAUUCGGGAGACUCAACUUUCGGCGACUACAAGAUUCAACUUUUUAGAAUGGAUUCCUUUCGAUCAAUUGACCGAAAUCGAACGUAUUGGUAGUGGUGGAUUUGGCGAGGUAUUCUCGGCAAGGUGGAUUGAAGGCCCAAGGACAAAGUGGAAUGCGGAAAAAUCCACGUGGGAGCGAUAUCCGAACGUUAAAGUGGCCCUCAAGAGUCUAAUCAAGUUGAAAGAGGAGGAUGUCACUGGCGAUUUAUUUCAGGAGCUUCUGCUUCAUAUGAAAGCAAAUACACAAGUGUCAGGGCGCAUCAACACUUUGCGAACCUUUGGUAUGAGCUAUGAUCCUGAACAAAAAGCAUACAUGAUAGUGAUGGUAUUAGCAGACGAAGGCGAUCUUGGGGCCUACCUUAAAUCCAAUUUCUCAUCUCUCACAUACAUAAAACGGCUCGAGCUUCUCUACGACAUUGCCUCCGGUCUUAUUCAAAUCCAUAAGUCUGGUCUUGUUCACCGUGACUUGCACAGCGGAAACGUGAUGUGUAUGAGGUACAAGAACGAAAAAGAAAAUCGCGACGAUUAUAGAUGCGUAAUAGGGACUUGGUUGAAUCAAUGCCUAUUUUCUCCUGAUUCCGAUAUAGCUGAGGAGUUUGCGCGAGGUGAAAAACACCAAUUGAAAGAACCACUAUUGCAAGUAUUGAGUCCUAGUUAUAAUCAACACAGUGUGUUUAUUCACGUGAACGUUUCCUCAAGCUCGGAAAUUCCAGUUGAAGAUCAUUCCGAACUCAAGAUAUCAGAACUUGAAAUCGACAUGUCUGAUGAUGAAUGA